AGACACUUGUUACCACAAGAUGGCGUGGUAUUUUGCCAGCUUACAUUCAGCUGAAACAUAAUAAUCGUAAUCUUUAUAAAUGAAUUCUGCUAGCUUGACGCCCUUGGGGCAACCGAGCCCUCUUGGGUACUCUGAUCAAGCGUGCAAGGAAUGCCGACGGAGGAAGUCAAAAUGCGACAAGGGGAUUCCGACAUGCAACAUGUGCCUGAGAUAUAGAAGACAUUGCCUGUACGAGAAAUACUCGCGUACACCACUUACGAGGAAACAUCUCACAGAAGUUGAAGAAAGAUUAGAACAAGCAGAAGCUCUAAUUCGGCAACUGAGAGCUGCUCUCCCUCCCCAGACUCUUCAAAAAAAGAGUCCCAAUAGCGUAGACAUUGAUGGAAAUAACAUUGCUAGUGGCGUUCAACCAGCUAUUGGCGACCAAAUACAUGAAGAUGAGUCAAAUAUUCAACCUGCAACAACUCAGCCCACCGUUGAGGCCUCGGCCUCUGAUGCUUCAUGCCUCACGACGGUUGGAAAGCUGGGUCAAAGCGAUAUUUCAUUGCCGCCGCAAAUCACAGAACCAUCAGAACAUGUAGAAAACUCAGAAAAAUCUCACGAAGAUGAUUUCGAGAGCCCGCCAUCUACAGGGGAAUUUGGAUGGGAUGAGCAUAGGGCUGCCCAUCAAGCAUCACCAGGAGGGUCCCCAGCGAGCGAUUUCAACGAAACAAGACAGAUCUUAGAUGGCAUGGCCUCUUUGACAGUUUCUGAACAACAAAGUGGUUAUCUUGGAAUUGCGUCAGGUGCCGCUUUCCUACGCCUUCUAGAGCCCGUCCAAGCUAAGAACACAUAUGGCCAUGCGCAAGCUGGGGCGGACAGUCAUUUUUCACUCAUCAAACUACCUAACAUGAAUAAACACAUAGCCGACAGUAUGAUUGAUGCUUAUUUCAGGAUAUAUCAUCUUAGCUAUCCCAUCGUCCAUGAACCGACCUUUCGCGCUCAGUACUCUGAAGUUAUUCCAAGACCUAGUGGAGGAUCUUGGUUCAUCUUGGCCUAUGCCAUGGCAGCUCUUGGAGUAUAUACCACGGCUACUACAGUGAACAAUCUAGAUCUUGAUAUCUUCAACCAUAUUAAAACCCUGCUGUCUUUUGACUUGCUGGAAAUCGGCAGUUUACCAUUGGUCCAAGCUCUGACUUUAAUAUCUAAUUAUCAACAAAAGAGAGAUAAGCCCAAUGCCGCGUAUAGCUACUCGGGAUUGGCGGCUAGGAUGGCUAUGGCAUUAGGGUUACAUAAGGAUUUCCAAGGAUGGAAAAUCUCACCUUUAAGCAUGGAAAUCCGACGCAGGGUGUGGUGGACGCUGAGUAUAUUUGACAUCGGCGCAAACAUCACAUUCGGGCGACCCCAAGUGUGUCCGUUUGAUGGUGUGGACAUAUCAUUGCCAAUGAACGUUCACGAUAAGGAUUUAACUGCCAUGUCCAAAUCAUAUCCUUCCGACCCACACGAAAUUUCUGUGUAUACAGCGGUUCGAACACAAGCUAGGUUCCACAUAGCUACAAACCCGAUAUACAUUCGAAUAAUUUCCAAGCCUUUACCGAGUGCAAAAGAGUUGCUUCAAUUGGAGGCCCGUUGCUUUGAGCCAUGGGCAAAAAACACACCCGAAUAUUUUUCAGAAGGAGCAUCCGUACCAGCAAAAUACGCCUUUGCUCAUUCUGUUAUGCAGUGGAGGUGGCGAAACUUUCGCAUGAUAAUGUACCGGCCAUUUGUCAUUAGACGUGCUUUGCUUGCGCGCAAUGGCCGUAAAGACAACUUAAGCCCAGAGUCACUCCAGGCUUACGAUCGAUGCUUAUAUGAUGCUAAGCAAAGCAUAGUAUCUAUAAGCGAGUUUUGGGCCACGUACGAUCAUAUCCGUCUAUUUGCGUGGUAUGCACUGUACUUCCUCUUUCAAGCUGCUUUAAUCCCAUGUAUUUGUCUUCGACACAAUAUCAAUCCUUCACAGGCGCCCGAAUGGCGUGAUCAAAUUGAUAUUUCUCUUAAAGCUCUUGCGUCACUCGUGGCAGUGAAUCCAAGCGCCAGAAGAUGCCACCAAGUAAUUGUCAGCCUCUGUGGGGCUCACCUAGCCUCAACAAUACCUCUUUUGGAAGAUGUUCAUGUAGAAGAUCCAAAUUACCAAGAAGACAUAAGUGGCAUAUACGGCGGGGCGCAUCACCAAGCAUCCGACCUUGACGGUGAUAGAUCAAUGGCUGCUGCAGACCCUUCUCAUGAUCAAAUGGAUGCAGUUUUUUCGAUGAUGUGGCCAAAUGCACUGCUUGAUGGCCCAGACCAAGAGCAGGAUGACUCUUGGAUGGAUUUUCUCAAUGGGAUCUAGGAAUGCAGAAAUUACCCCAAAUAAGCAGUGUAUUUCAGUUAACCCUUCCUACGCCGCUCCAUGCACGCUACUUGAAGCAAGUUACGACGCC